AUGCUAGCAAAUAUGUGGUAUAUGACAAAUGGUAAAUUUGUCGAAGAAGAAUUAUAUAAACUUGGACUUCAACUAGAAUAUGAGAAUGCAGUUCAUUCUUUUAUAAUCGACGUUGAUGAUGAAAUUGUUAAAAAACAUUUUAACGAGGAAGAACUUUCUAGUAUUCCUGCUCCAAUGAUACAUAAUUUAUCAGAUGAUAUUAUUGAAUAUCUCAAAAAAUUUGUAGACAAGAAAUUCGAAAGAUUCGAUAAAAAUUAUGAUAAGCAUAACUAUCAUGACUUGGACUACAUAAAAUUUACUCUUUAUGCAUUAUGA